UCCGGAAAAUUACGCCAAGUAGAGCUUUGCAUCUUCCUAGGUGUAGACUGAGACUCGCGACUGGAGGCUGCUAAUUGCGUUUUUCCUUUCUCCUGCGAAGCCUUUUGGGGGGGUCCUCUGCCUCAGGAUAACCUCUCUCGGAUGUCUGUUUUCCUGAGCAUCUGUGCCCGCGGAUGGUGCCUGCUCAGGGCUGGCUGGCCCGUGGGGAGGCAGGGGCGGAGAGGAAGACUCCUGUCCCUUCUCUGAGCAGUGGGAAGUCUGGAUGUAAAGGGUUCCAGCCCCCGCAGCCCUGCCCUGGGAUCCAGCGCCUCCCAGCACUCAUCUGGUCCCCAACUACUCCCAAGAUGUACAGACUCAGAACUCCACUGUACUUUUCCAACAACAUUAGAGGCUGUCAUCCCUCUUGUCGCUGGAACAGCGUCGUUCAGUUUCUGGAGUACCUGGGCGAUCCCAUGUUGGGACACCGUGGUUGGGGUCGGGAGCUGGGGGCCUUUUCUUUUUCUCCUCUGAGUUGCCUAGGUUGUCAGGCACAGGAAGUGAGGGCUGGCGGCGAAUGGAAUACAGGAGGCAGAAAGCUGGCUAGCUCUGCUCUGUCUGCAGCAGCCCCUACCUGACGGUGGCAAGAGGUGGAGAGAAGGCAUAGGGAAGGUUUCUCACAAGGAUUCCCCUUGCAUCCCCACACCCGCCCCACAUACUUAGCUCUGGCCUUGAAAGUCCCUUGGAGAAGAUGCUCCAGUGGGCCACCAGAGUCCAGCGGUUCUAGGGGGAGGAGCAGCAGUGUUGGUCUCCCCUGCACGCUGGCUAGAGGAAGCUUGGCAGGCAGCCAGGCUGGUGGGCUGACCGUGGCAGCCUUAUCUUCCCCGGGAGAAGCCCCUGGCCCUCUCCUACAGCUGCAUCCUCCUGUCUUCAGCAGGACACUUCCCCAGCUCCUCCGGAGGGAUGUCUAUUUUGUGGGGGAACAGAUCUCUCAUUUCAGUGGGCGUUGGAGCCCUAUGGGGUGCUGUCCUGUGGCCUACAGCCUGUCUGGCUGGAAGCAAAGAGACGCCUGGACUAGGCAAAAGGCCAGACCCCCUCCCCUUCCCUCCUGUUUGCCUAACCAGGCAGAAGUGAAGGCUGUGGACCACCAGUUGGUCAGCUGCUACAGCCUGAGCCUCCAGGCCAGAAACGAGCCGUAUCUGAGCAGCGCCUCUUGAAGAGACAUGUUUCUCUCUACAGACCCUCCUGGCUUGUGCUCCCAUCCGGCUCAGACCCUGGUCAGCCAGGGUGAGACCAGUCCCCCAGACUCUCCCUCAAGCUAUGCUGAGGUCUGGGCAAAGGACUCUGGGACAGAUCUGUGUUUAGACCUUCAGGGUCUUUCUCCAUAAGAUGUGAGUGAUGAUCGUCCCCCUAGCAGGGGCAGAGUGGGGCUGGAGGUAGGCCUUGCUCAGCUGGGGAGUGAGUGCUUCAACGUGGCCUUGGCUCCCAUCUCCCUGGGCCUCGUGGUCUUGUUUUCAUGCUGCUGCUUCUGAUCUCUCUUCAUUGUGGCUUUAAGAAUCAGCAUUUGACAUAUCACCUGGAAAGCUGUCAGCAGGGUGGCGCUUUUGGAGAACAUAAUUAGGGAGGAACUCUGUCUCCCAGUGUGGACAUGAGAGUAGUUGCAAGGGUGGACUGGAUUCAUUUUGGAAGCCAUAAAAUACCGUGUGCCUCUCAGUAGCUGUUCAGGCCUCUCCCCUCCACUUUGGUUCUCUUUUCUUGCUGCUAGAAACUCCUGAGGGGGCCAGGAGGAUUCUGAGGACAAGAAGCCCCAAGGUGUCUUGGGCCGCCUCCCACAGCAUAAGUCCCCCAUCCCAGUGAUGCAGGCCCAGUGGGCCUAGAGCCAGAGUGGGGCAAGGCUGGCUUUGGCUGGGUGCUCCACCCACUUGCCCAGAUUUAUCCAAAUCAUUCAGCAGGGCUUGGACAGCCCUCAAGAGUUUGCCACUCAGUGGGAGAAACAUAUGAACACAUGAACAAAAUUGGGUUCUAUUAAAGAGGUGGCCCAGAGAUAGCCUAGGAGAGUCUGUGUCUUGCUGUUGCAAGAGUGGGUUGGGCUCCAGAUCAACCAACUUAAAAGGGGACAUGCCAGCCCCCGUGGUAGUGUUCUGUCUCUCUUUGCAUCCUCGGCCCCUAGCGUGGUGCCUGGAAGAACUGCCAUCCCUGGAGUUGAACAAAUGAGGGCCACAUGAUACGAUAGAUGAUGCCACCAACCUGGAGUCCGAAAACUUGAGUUCAGUCUAACCAGAGCUGCUUGUCUUUGAUCAGGUUAACUUGAGUUCUGUCUGUCCCAAAUUCUGCAUCUCCAUGAUGGAGAUGGUAAUGAGUUUGACUUCACAAGUCUAUGGGAAGACCACUCAUUCACUUGGUGAUCUGUUGAUUCAUUCUGCGCACUUGAGAGGGUGUGAAAGUACCUUGUAGUCUCUAAUGUGGUACCUAAAGAUUUAUUUUAUUUAUAUGAACUGCAGCAUUGGGUUUGCAUUGGAGUUUCAACCUUUAUACCUUUUUGCAACACUUCUUAUUUUGGACCUUUUCUCUUAAGUCCAGAUCCAAAGAUUUGCCUCCUCAAAGGCAGGGACUCCACCCUCUUCCCAUUUCCUGGACCUUUUCCCACUCCAGGGCCCAGAAGACAUAUGUUUAGUGGGUCCUUUGCUCUUUUUCUGAGCUUCCAAGAUCCGGAGGCGUGGGACCCUGGGGUGAGGGCAGCAUGGCCCUGAGCACUGGAGGGUGGCCAAUGGGCACAGAUUUCUGGGGUCUGCCCUGUGCCCCACCCAGAGGUGGACAGAGGCACUGACUAUGUCUGUGAGGGGCUCACAGGCUGGGAGGAGAGGUGGGCAGAGUAGCUAGGAGCCCUGACCCAAGGCAGGACAAGUUACCCAGAGCAUCUAGCCUCACCGUUGAGCACGGUAGAGCAGCUCUGCUCUGGGAAUCAGGAAGGCUUUGUGGAAGGGGUGGUAUUGGAGUUGAGCCUUGGUGGUCACAAAGCAUUUCAGAACAUCAGGAUGGGGCCCAGGCAUCCCUGGCCAAUGGAAGAGUAUGUGUGUGCUUGGGGGGCUGGGCAUGAAACAUCAACUGCUGGCCAGGGGACAGUGCUCUGUUUGGGGCACAAAGUUCUGGAAGGAAUAUUGAAAGGAAGUUGCUGGGAGCCUGAACUAGGAAGGGCCACCAAAUGCCAGGCUGAGGCACUUGAACUUGGUCAUCUGAGUCCUGGGGAGCCAUCGCAGGCUGUAGCAUUGCUAGUUCUUGGUGUUAGAAAGAUCUCUUUGUUAGGCUGCUGGGAGCAGGCAGCCUCUGGGUCUCUGAGAGGAGGCAGGGUCCAGAUGUCAGGUGCUGAGGCUGAGCCAGGCAGAGGCAGGGGUGGAAGGUGAGAAGAGACAGGGGAGGGGUGAUUGAGAGCCCUGAGCCCAGCUGGAGGCUCCCUGGUGUGGCUUUGCUGAGGUCCCGAGGCUGAGACAUCCCUCCUACCCUGGCCGCUGGUCAUGGAGGCUGGGGCUCCAGGCUGCUGGACCACGAGUCUAGCAUCUCCCGGUCGGGGGAUCAACACGUUGGUCCCUGUUCCUCAUCUUCAGGGCUCUCACCCUGCUAAGAGCGCACCACUCUGGAUCCCCAGAGGAUUGCAGCCCUCACUGCAGUGGUCACAGUGGCUGAGACGCUUCUAGGGUGGCUGGAAUUUUUCUCCCCUCACCUGCCACUGCCUGUCCUGUCUGGCCAGGGAUGGUGGGGCCGUAGAGUCACCUGACCGAACCCCAGUGGCCACUGGUGGCCUUGGCCAAGAUGUUCCGCCCAGCUGAGCAUUAGAGACUUGGGUUCUCCGGUGGGGGUAAUCAGGGGAUCUGCGUCGCUGGGAGAUGUGGAGUAAACGAGAUGGUGCAAGUGAAACACACAGCCCAGUGCAGCCUAUUGAUUAAUGCUGCAAGUGCUUCAGAAGUGGUGGCACUGCAAAAUCAAACAGUUGCUAACAGCUCUCUUAGCAUGGGAGCAGCCUCAAGGAAGACUGGGACACUGGGCCCACCCCAGGGGGUUGGGGGCCAAGAGGAGGUGAGGGUGGCAGGCGUCCCCCACGGCACAGCUGCCGCGAGCCUCUCCUCCAGCGUUUCUGUGUUUGCCUCUUUUGCUUUCAUGAGCCACGGUCUGUAGGUAACAGCAGGUUUGCUCUGAUCCAAUCCCACAACAAUGCUGAUCUGCCCCCAUUUAACAGAUGAGGGGCCUGAGGCUCUGCCCUGUGGAGUGACUUGCUCAAGGUGGAUUUGCUAUAACUGAGGGCCUCCCAGCUUGGGGGUGCAGCGGGCUCAGCUGAUGGACAGUGGUUAGGUAUCCCCCCAGGUGUUGUCCGGUUCUGCUGGCCAGCUGCCUCGUGGCGUGGCUGUGAGCCCUUGUGCAGAUGCUGCACGUGGCUCAGCCCACCCCGAGGCUGCUUUUGGGUUCAGCCACUCAACAAACACUUACGGGCCCUGCCGUGCUGGCUGUGUGCUAGGAUCUGGGGAUGUGGAGGUGAAUCAGGUGUGAUCUGUACCCCGGGGGAGAGGUCAGCAUGGCAGGAAUGGGGGACAGGUGGCAAGUGUAAUAUGGGUGGGAACUGUGGCGGAAGUGUGUGCCGAAGGACAGGUCCCUAAUGCUUUGAGUGUGCAGGUACCCUGCCCAGGCCACAGCAGAUGCUCUAGGCUGGGAGUCAGCUCUGUGAUUUUAAAGGUUCGGAGUGGCAGCCUGCCUAAUAGGAAGUCAGGGUCACUGAGCUCUGGCCUGAAAGUAGCUGUCCCCUGUCUCCAUGCCCAGUGCCCACCUCCCCAGACCAGGGGAGGCCCCUCUGGGAAGGGGAGACUCUAAAGAGGACCUUGGGGGGUCUUGGGGAACCUGGGUGUGAUCACUCAAAUCCAUAAUGAUCAGCCCUGAUAAUGCCGCACCCCACUGCACCCUCCCCUCCUGUAGCAUGUUCCCAGACCCUGUGUACAAAAUGUGUGUGGAAUUUGGGCCACGUCUUGCCUUCAAAAUUCUGAACGGUUGAUCUAUUGCCCGCCUUUUGGCUCCAUCUCAUCAGAACCUUUCUUUCCACAGCAGGAGUCCUCGCUCCCCUCUUAUUUUAGUUUUACAGGAUUUUUCACUGAUAGAAUCCCAGUCUUGUAACCAGAGGCCUUUUGCAACAGAUCUGGAAACCUCUCUUCCUAGAAUUACAACACAGGAAGGAUUACACAUGAAGCUCGGGCACCGUGUUAACUUCCAUGCGUCUGUGAGACCCGAACUGGUGACGCUGGGUCCUUUGUGCUCACAUACUCUCCGAGUCUCCCAUGGUUCUGGAGAGGCCCCUGCGGUUCUGGAUAAGUGCAAUUUGAGAUUUCAUGGCCCUAAGACCCCUACAGAAGCAGGUUUCUGAUAUCAGGAUUCGCCUGUCAAUUUAUCUUCCCAUUCAUUAGAAAAAAUUUAUUCAAAAACAGAGUGGCUGAGCAUUUAAGCUGCUGGGGCUCACGCAGGGGGCUGGAGUUAGCAAAAUGAAUAGGGUAUUAUGGCCUCUAGCCUUGAGUCAGUCACAGUUCUGUGAGGAUGACUGACAAGUACAGGAACAAUUAAAAUUGCCCCAGGAUGGUGAAUGCCGGGAUGGGGGUGGAUGAUGGUCAGGGAAAGCUUCUCGGAGGAAGUGACACCUGGGCUGAGCCUUGGAGGAUACACAGGUGAUUUGCCAGGUGAAGAGGGAGGAACAUACAUCGAAUGCAGUGUGUCCAAAAGCACCAGGGCAGAUGUGCUGUGAUAGCUCCGCUGGACCGUGGGAUUUCUGAGCCAGGAGAUGAGGGCCGCUAGAGCUCAGGGAUGGUGAGGUUCUUGACCCCUGGGCAAAAGCUGCAGCUGCCAGGUCCAGGGGUGGAGAUGAGUGAUGAUGCCAUUUGAGUACCUGCUGGAAACGGGGCAGGAGGAACAGUAGUCCCAGGAGAGUGCCGGCCCGUGCCAGGAUGCGGGGAUGACGCCUCUGGAGGCCCCGGCCUCCCUCCCGCCUGGGUGCUAGGAGCCGUCCCGGGCUCCAGCCGGGAGCCCCGCUGCCCAGGGGCAUGGCCAAACCUUUCUUCCGGCUCCAGAAGUUUCUCCGCCGAACGCAGUUCCUGCUCUUCUUCCUCACAGCCGCCUACCUGAUGACUGGCAGCCUGUUGCUUCUGCAGCGGGCCCGCGUGGGCCUCCUGCCGCCAGGCCCCCGGGCGCCUGGCCCCCUGCAGGCCUUGCCUGUGGCCGCCGUGGCGCUGGGCGUGGGCCUGCUGGACAGCCGAGCCCUGCACGACCCUCGGGUCAGCCCGGAGCUGCUACUCGGCGUGGACGUGCUGCAGGGCCCCCUGGCCCGGCCCCGGCCCAGCCCCCGCUGGCUCCGCAGCCGCAACUCGGAGCUGCGCCAGCUGCGGCGCCGCUGGUUCCAUCACUUCAUGGGGGACCCCCAGGGGCCGCCCGCCCUGGGCCCCGAGGCCCCCAGGCCAGCCGCCAGCAGCCGAGGCACAUACGUGGGAUGCUUCAGUGACGAUGGCCAGGAGAGAACUCUGAAAGGGGCUGUAUUUUUUGACUUGAGAAAGAUGACCAUCUCCCACUGCCAGGACGCAUGCGCUGAGCGGUCCUACGUCUACGCAGGCUUGGAGGCAGGGGCCGAGUGCUACUGCGGGAACCGGCUCCCAGCAGUGAGUGUCGGGCCAGAGGAGUGUAACCAUGAGUGCAAAGGAGAGAAGCGCUCGGUGUGCGGGGGUGCCGGCCGGCUCUCUGUGUACCGCGUGGAGGAGCUGCAGCCCAGCUCCAGGAAGCGGAGGACCGUCACAUACCGGGGCUGCUUCCGGCUGCCGGAGAAUGUCACGCACGCCUUCCCCGACUCCCUGGUACAGGCCAACGUGACGGUGGAGACGUGCUCAGGAUUCUGUUCCCAGAAAGAGUUCCCCCUGGCCAUCCUCAGGGGCUGGGAGUGUUACUGUGCUUACCCCACCCCCCAGUUCAACCUGCGGGAUGCUGUGGACGCCUCACUGUGUGGCCAGGAGCCUGAGGCACAGAAGCUGGCCGAGUACUGCGAGGUCUACCAGACGCCCGUGCAAGACACCCGGUGUACCGACCGGAGGUUCCUGCCCACCAAAUCCAAAGUGUUCGUGGCUCUGUCGAGUUUCCCGGGAGCCGGGAACACAUGGGCGCGGCACCUCAUCGAGCAUGCCACUGGCUUCUACACAGGGAGCUACUACUUUGAUGGAACUCUCUACAACAAAGGGUUUAAGGGCGAGAAGGACCACUGGCGGAGCCGGCGCACCAUCUGCGUGAAGACCCACGAGAGCGGCAGGAGGGAGAUUGAGAUGUUCGACUCCGCCAUCCUGCUGAUCCGGAACCCGUACAGGUCCUUGGUAGCUGAGUUCAAUCGUAAAUGCGCCGGGCACCUGGGCUACGCAGCUGAUCGUAACUGGAAGAGCAAAGAGUGGCCGGACUUCGUCAACAGCUACGCGUCCUGGUGGUCCUCGCACGUGCUGGACUGGCUCAGGUACGGCAAGCGGCUGCUGGUGGUGCACUACGAGGAGCUGCGGCGCAGCCUGGUGCCCACGCUGCGGGAGAUGGUGGCCUUCCUCAACGUGUCGGUGAGCGAGGAGCGGCUGCUCUGCGUGGAGAACAACAAGGAGGGCAGCUUCCGGCGGCGCGGCCGGCGCCCCCACGACCCCGAGCUCUUCACCCCGGAGAUGAAGGACCUGAUCAACGGCUACAUCCGGACGGUGGACCAGGCCCUGCGUGACCACAACUGGGCCGGGCUCCCCCAGGAGUAUGUGCCCAGAUGAUAAGCCCCGGCCCGCUCUGCCCACCCUGCGGGGAGCCAGCCGCCCCAACGGGGCUGCGCGCAUGCGCGGACGGUCCCCGGCGCCUCCCUGGGAUGCUCAGACGCCCGGGGGCUGCAUCCCUCUCGCGCAGGGAGACCCGGACAUGAGUUCCGGCCAGGCAGACCCGAUGUCACAGGACAGAUGCAAAGGGGGACACACUCCUAGCUAGACCCUCUUAGACUCCCUGCUCACAGUGCCGUAAUGAUGCGCCUAAGCCACCACGCUGGGUGUGCCUGACACCCCCGCACGCAGACGCAGUCAGACGUCGAUGCACACGCCAGGUGAUGUGUUCCAGAGGCUGCCUGUCUGUCUCUCUAACACACAGACACACAGGUGCACCCUGGGCUGUCGGAGGCCCUGGGCUUCCUGUUUGCAGCCCGGUGCAGGCUUGCUGGCUGGGGUCCUUGACUGCGGGAUGCUGGGCUGGGCGGGUACUAGUGCUCUGAGAUGGACUUACAGACUGUGGCUGCCGGGCCAGGCAGCCUGAUGGCGUCUGCAUCCCACCGUGUGUGGUGUGAGGCCCAGGCACCGCCUGCUCUACAGCCCUGUCUCUCUCUUCUCUGCGGAUGGGCUGUCUGCACCACGGGCAGAGUGGAGCCCUCUGCCACACACGCACGCACACGCCAACCUCAGGACCGGCCGCAAGCUCUGUGCACCCCCCACCACCUCAUCCAAUAUCAGCACUCCUUGGACUGGU